UUGGCAUUUCCAUUUAAAAAAAACGACUUUAGAUAUAUCUAAUAUAUAAUAGAUAAUUUGUUUGUUACCACGAACCAACCUAGAUAAAUUGUUUCAGAAACCGACCCUAAAUGCGCCAGUGGUCGACCAGUUAACUUAAUUUUCGUUUUUUGCCUCACUCUGUAUAACAAGGGCAUAACAAUUUGAAACGGGUCUUAGGUUUUAGGCACACGGUUUUCUUUUUAAGUCUUCCUCUUAUUCUUUGUUUUAAGUACACACAACUUUGAACACACUUUCACACACUUUGACAGAAGAGGUUAUGUUUUAUUGUUGUCGGCUUGAAUUUUAGGUUAUAAACAUAUUAAAAAUGAAAUUAUACUGUUUAAGUAACGAUCCGAAUAAACCAUGCCAUAUUCUUACUUUCAAAGAAAUAACUUUAAUGUUAGACUGUGGACUUUCAAUGCAAUCAGUAUUAAAUUUUCUUCCUUUAUCAUUUGUUGCUUCGAGUAAAUUAUCAAAUUUACCCAAUUGGAUGCCAAAUGAUGUCUCUGAUUCAGAUUUGGAAGGAGAAUUGAAAGAGAAUGGGGACCGCAUUUUUGUGGAUUCACCUCCGGAAUUUUGCCCCCCUUUAAACAAAUUAAUUGAUUUUGCACAAGUUGACGUUAUAUUAAUUUCAAAUUAUUUGUGUAUGAUGGCACUACCAUUUAUCACAGAAGGGACAGGGUUUCAAGGUAGAGUGUAUGCAACCGAACCCACACUUCAAAUUGGAAGAUUACUACUAGAAGAGCUCGUUAACUAUAUUGACCAAUGCCCGAAAGCAAACUUUGCAACACAGUGGAAAAAUCUUAUUCAUAAACUGCCUUAUCCAUUGAGCGAUUCUUUUAAGCCAAAAUCCUGGAAACAGCUUUACAACAUGAAUGACGUUAAUGCAAGUUUAUCAAGGAUACAGAUGGUUGGAUACAACGAGAAAAUUGAUGUUUACGGGGCUUUGAAAGUGAUGCCUUCCAGUUCUGGCUUUUGCUUGGGCUCCUCUAACUGGAUCAUCACCUCUGACCACGAAAAGAUAGUUUAUUUGAGUGGAUCCAGCACCUUAACCACCCAUCCUCGACCCAUGGACCAUCAUUCUCUCAAAAACGCUGAUGUUUUAAUUAUGACUGAUCUAACACAAACUCCCAUCAGUAACCCUGACUCAAUGUUAGGUGUUUUAUGUGUUGUUGUUGGACUCACACUACGUGGAGGUGGAAAUGUUUUAAUCCCUUGCUAUCCUACAGGAGUUGUUUAUGAUUUAUUUGAGUGCUUAUCUGGGAAAAUGCAAGAUUUGGGUGUUUCCAAUUGCCCAAUGUUUUUCGUAUCUCCAGUGGCUGACACGAGUUUAGCUUACUCAAAUAUUUUAGCAGAGUGGCUUUCUUCAGUUAAACAGAACAAAGUUUAUGUGACUGAAGAACCGUUUCCUCAUGGGCUUUUGGUCAAAAACAAUAAAUUGAAACAUUUUAAACAUGUUUAUUCGGACGGAUUCAGCACGGAUUUCCAGGAGCCUUGUGUUGUAUUUUGUGGCCACCCUUCUCUAAGGUUUGGUGACGUGGUACGUUUUAUAGAAUUGUGGGGCAAUAAUCCAAGAAAUUGCAUCGUUUUCACAGAACCGGACUUUGACUACACUGAAGCCUUAGCCCCAUACCAGCCCUUACAAAUGAAAGUAGCCCAUUGUGCUAUCGACACUUCGCUUAAUUUCACCCAAGCCAAUAAACUGAUCAGAGAUUUAAAACCAAACACACUUGUGGUCCCCGAAUGUUACACUCAGCCUCCAGUUUCCGCCCCAAACCUCACAGAUUACGUCAUUGAAAAUAAUCACGAUCGUACUUUAAUUCCAUACAAAUGGGGCGAAGUAAUUAAUUUACCACUAAAAAGGAAACAUAGUCAAAUUUUCAUUGAAACUGGAGUUGCACAGAAAAUUGUCCCAGUGGAAGUCAAACCAGGGAUUAGUUUGUCGAGCAUUACGGGGACUUUGAAUAUUAAAGACAACGUCCAUAGCAUACAGGAUUUGUCGUCCAAUGUUAACAAAGCAAGUAAACAUGUUAAGUAUGAAUGGGGAAGUUUAAAUGUCACUGAUUUUUUGCAAAAGUUAAGUCAAGAGGGUAUUAGUGAACCGAAAGUGGAAUCGCAUGGGAAUGUUGUUGUUAUACACUUGCAAGAAGAAGAUGCUUUAAUCCAGUUAGAGGACAAUAGUACUCACGUGGUUUGCAGCAGUGAUGAAAAUUUAAGGACAAAGCUACGCAGUAUUGUCAUGCAGUGUUUAAAGAAGUUUUAGUUAAAUAAGUUGUCAAAUAAGGCGUUUAAACAAUUUAUUACAUUGAAUAUUGUUUUUCACAUGUAUAUAAUAUGUAUGCAGAAAUAGAUAAAGAUGAAAAUUUCUGUAUUCAAUAUUUGCAGUAUAUUUUCGUUCCAAAAUAUUCUGCACCUCAUCAAAUACUAAAUAUACAAUUGUAAAUUGUACAACAGCUUACAAGAUAGGUAAUAUAGUAAAAAGUCAUAAAUAUAGUAUAUUUUACAGACAUGUAUACAUGGUGGAAGAAAGAAAUACACACUUUACCUUU